AGGGGAAUUGAUUUGGAAAAUUAAAGAAUAGAUAUAUAUAGAUCCAUUAGAAGGCAUUUAAAUAGAGGAAAUCGGAAAGACGGUUUAGAGAGAGAGAGAGAGAGAGAGAGAGGCGAAAUACCCAAAGCAAAGCAGCAAAAAAAGUGGUUUUGGUGAAUCAAACUUUGCUGGAAAGUAUCUGCCAAACCCAAAUUAAACGACAUCAACUACACUACACAAACCCCACAAUUUCCAUUCUUCUUCUUCUUCUUUUCUUCUUUUCUUCUUCAUCAUCAACCCUUUUUAUUUUUCAAUUUUAUUUUCUGUGUGUGUGUGUGUAUAUAUAAAUAUAUACUCCUACUUGACUUGACCUUUUCUCUGUGUCUCUCUCAAAGAUGGGUUUUGGCCUCCAUUAAACCUGACCCUUCAACCAUUUCUUGGGUUUUGUUCUAAAUAUGUUGUUUCUUUCUACCAAAAUACGAAUACCCAUUAACUCAUAUCGUCUCCUCUGUCUUUAAUUUAAUCAAGACGGAUUGUUUUUGUGUUGCUUUCUAUGGAGUUGUUCUUCAGGUUCUUUUCGGCAAUCUUCAUCGGAAUUUGUUUCUCUUGGUUGUUGCGGAUUCUUUUAUUCAGGACAGGAUUGAUUUUCCUUGUCAAAAAAUGGUGGGCAAAUCUAGAAGAUUGUUUUCAUGUUUACCAAUCUUUCAGAAUCCCCGAAUUCAAUGAAACUUCACAACACAAUCAUCUCUACCGGAAAGUCUCUGCUUAUCUUACUUCUUUAUCCUCUCUCGAGGAUUCCGAUUUCACCAAUCUUAUCACCGGCAACAAGCCUAAUGACAUCAUUCUUCGCUUGGAUUCCAACCAGACGGUUCAGGAUAAUUUUUUGGGGGCCAAAGUGUUUUGGACGAAUGAACAAAAAGGUUCAAGAAAUUUUGUGUUGAGGAUUAGAAAAGCUGAUAAGCGUCGAAUCCUCCGUCCUUAUCUUCAGCACAUUCAUACAUUAACGGCUGAUGAGAAUGAGCAGAGGAAAGGGGAUUUGAAGCUUUUUAUGAAUUCUAAACCUAAUAAUCAUUCGGAUACAAGAUGGAAAUCGAUUCAAUUCAAACAUCCAUCCACUUUCGAUUCGAUUGCUAUGGAAACAGAUCUCAAAGAAAAAGUCAAAUCCGAUCUCGAAUCGUUUCUCAAAUCAAAACAGUAUUACCACAGAUUAGGCAGAGUUUGGAAACGGAGUUACCUUCUAUAUGGUCCUUCCGGUACUGGAAAAUCAAGCUUCGUCGCCGCUAUGGCGAAUUUCCUCUCUUAUGAUGUAUAUGAUAUCGACCUCUUCAAAGUCUCUGAUGACUCUGAUCUCAAGUUUCUACUGCUGCAAACGACGAGCAAGUCAGUAAUCGUCGUUGAGGAUCUCGAUCGGUUUCUCAUCGAAAAAUCGUCGGCCUUGAGUCUAUCGGCGCUACUGAACUUCAUGGACGGAAUAUUAACAUCGUGCUGUGCGGAAGAGAGAGUAAUGGUUUUCACCGUCAAUUGCAAGGAACAAGUCGAACCGGCAAUUCUCCGACCCGGCCGUAUCGACGUUCAUAUCCAUUUUCCACUCUGUGAUUUCUCCGCCUUCAAAAAUCUCGCAAUCAAUUAUCUAGGCGUCAAGGAUCACAAACUAUUCCCCCAGGUUGAAGAAAUAUUCCAAACCGGCGCCAGUUUGAGCCCCGCCGAGAUCAGCGAACUAAUGAUCGCGAACCGAAACUCCCCUAGCCGAGCUAUUAAAUCCGUCAUAUCGGCGUUACAGACGGACGGCGACCGGCGGAGAGUCAGCAACAUCGGACGACGGCUGAGCGACUGCGGGUCGAGAAAGUCCGUCGCGGAAUCUAUUGAAUCCGGCGGCGUAGUAUGCAGUGAAAACACUCAGACCGGAAAAGAGUUCCGAAAAUUGUACGGAUUUCUAAGGAUGAAAAGUAACAAAAUAUCUCAGUCGUUCGAUUCCUCUCCUAUUCGAAAAGAAAGUUGAUUUUACACACGUGGCGAAUCUCCAAUAGACGAGGUAACUUUCUUCUAUGGAGUCGCAUGUAGUGGAUCUCUAAGAGGGGCUUGAUUCUUAGGUCUGUAGAUAGGGAGAUUUAUUAUUUUUCAGUCAGAUUUAUUUUUGUUAUAUUUCUUUUUCAUUCCCAUUUUUGGGUAACAAAUCUGUAUUGGAAAAAAAAUAUAUUGGUUUCAUUUUGGUCACAGUUUAUUGUGGAAAUUGUAAAUGCCUUACUAUUUUCCUCAUUUAUACAAAACAACAAUAGCAAAUAUUUUCAAUCUA